CAUUCCACAGCGCCGUUAAUCUUUCGAUCGACCAGUUGUACUCAUCACCAUGGCUAGCUCGGUCUCCUGGAUCCUCGUAGUCUCCUCGGCCCUGCUAGCCGCAUCCUCCUACUACUACUCCCACCGCAUAAACGUUCCAAGCAUCCCCACGACAACAACGACGCACCUCCACUUCUACAUGCACGACGUCUACACCGGUCCGCACCCCACGGCCGCGCUCAUCGUCGCCGGAAGGGACAACAAUAAAGACAACGCCACACCCGGCGAAAAGGACAACAACCCACGGAGGUUCGGCGACAUCGCGGUGAUGAACAACGUGCUGACGGAGGGUCCGGAGCCCGGCAGCGCGCGCGUGGGCAAGGCGCAGGGGUUCACGGUGCGGGUGGCGGAGGGAGGGACCGUGAACGCCCUGAGCCUGCACCUGGUGCUGGAAACCGGGGAGUACGCGGGGAGCUCUUUGGCGGUGCAGGGCAGGGUGGACACGGACACCGCGGUUAGGGAGUCCGUCAUCGUGGGGGGCACCGGCCGGUUCCGGUUAGCGAGGGGGUACGCACACAGCAGGAGCUACGACUACGACGUGGCCACCGGAGGCGUCGUGGAGAUCGAUGUGUACCUGCAGCUGCUGCUUGAUCUUGGAGCCUAGUCAAUGUAAUAAUGUGUGUGUCCUGCAUGCAGGUUCCGUUGGUCAUUAUUGCGUUUGGAGAGCAGAUGCAUGUCCUUCUCCUGCGUUGGGCCUGGGACAUAUAUAUGUUUAAUUCGUCGCAUAAUGAUAAAUUUGAGCCGCUAAAGGUCGUA